CUUCCAUUAACUUUUUCGACAUAUGCUUUAUAACAUAGCCUGCUCAGUGUGUAUUAUGAUUAUAGGCAUUGAUGAUAAGCUUUUUUUUUAUAAUCGAUUUUCUAACAAACAGAGUAUGGCUCAAAUGCUCAUUUAAAGAGAGAGACUUUCAAGAGCAGCGUAGGUUAAAAUUUCAAUCAUUCUUUGUCCUGGACAUUGAUUUUUAAGGCUGUUUUCUCUUUAUUUUGUUUAUAAUGUCAAACGUGAAAGCAAUCUAUUCCACUCCUAAUUGCAAUAAAGUAUUUGAAAUACAACAAGAUUCAGCAGCCAUAGAAAAUAUAACAGGUUCAAUUUUACAAUUAAAGGAUCAGUUGAAUGAGUUCUUGACACAAAUUAUGGAAAAGGAAACAUUACCAGCUAAUACUACUACGAAAGACGAUAUUGAAGAAGAACAAGAAGAAGAAGGACAGAAUGAAGAUGAAGACGAAGACAGUCCGAUGAGCAUAGAUAGACCAGAUGCUCCAGAAAAGCAAAAUGUAAAAAAGCCCAAGAUUAAUGAAAAAUAAAAAGUUACAAGUGUAAAUCGUUUGGUGAAACAUAUAAAUCAGGGCCCCUCAAUAUAUAAUUCAUUUCUUAUUUUGAACAAUCAUCGAACCAUUUCACACAUUCAUUUAUUAUCAAUGUUAUUAUUAUGAUCUGGUUACUAUGGUAAUUAUUACAAAGCGCACAAGCACCACACAAUGGAACCCGUCCUCUGAUUUGAUGAUGUCCAUAUUUGAACAUGCUGCCAUAAAGCAUGUGAGACGAACAAUAUACUCUUUUAUUAAAAUGCAAUUGUCCAUGGUUGACUACCAUACAAGUUUUUGUUUAUUUAUUUGCAGCGUCAUCCUUAUCAUCCAAUAUACCGGCUGAUUAUACCAAAAUGUCUGU